AUGCGAUCAACCGUCGGUCGUACGCCGCCAAUCCCACCAUACGAGCCGUGACAGUCAUGCAGAACGGAGGCUCGGAUUCCCGAUCAUGACAUUUUCCGACAUCUUCCGACCUCGAGGACGAUAUUGAUCUGCUUUAGCUGCAGUAGAGUGUAUCUUAUCGACGGACUAUACGAGACUGCCGACGCUUGUAGGGGGUAGGGACUCGCUUGGGGCAUGUGAAAGCGGGGCCGAUAUCUGUUAUCUAAUGGAUAGGGCUCGUCGAGCUUUGAUUCUUCGAGGCGCAGUCUGGAGUUUUGGAGAUGAACCCUCGAGGAUGCGAGGAUACGAGGAUCCGGAGGGUGACCAUGGGUAUAAAAGGCCCACGCUGAUCCCGUUCAACAAGGGUCCAACGACCUCGAGCAACAACUUCGAGUACAACUUCUGACUUCUGAUCCGCCUCUGAUCCGUCACAUCUUCUCCCAGCACACAAGGAUCAACAACAAUCAUGCUCGAGAUCCAAGUCUUCGAGCAAUCCAUGGGCUACGGCAUGGUCGUCGGCGUUGGCCUCUUCUUCGCCGCCGUCAUGGCCUGUAUCUCCAUGGUCCAGAACCGUUACACAUCCUUCAACACCCACUCCUCUGAAGAGUUCAACACCGCCUCACGCUCCGUCAAACCCGGCCUCAUCGCCUCCGGUAUCGUUUCUGCCUGGACUUGGGCCGCGACGCUGUUGCAGUCUUCAACGGUCGCUUAUCAGUAUGGUGUUGCGGGUCCGUUUUGGUAUGCGUCUGGGGCUACGAUGCAGAUCAUUUGGUUUUCGAUUCUGGCGGUGAAGACGAAGCAGAAUGCGCCAAGGGCUCACACGUACCUCGAGAUCAUUCAUACUCGUUACGGUACCCAGGCUCACAUCGUGUUCAUCUGCUUCGCGCUCAUGACCAACAUCAUCGUCGCCUCUGAGCUCCUCCUCGGUGGAUCUGCGGUGUUGUCGGCGAUUACGGGUAUGUCGGUCUACGCUGCCAACUUCUUGAUCCCGAUCGUUGUUGCCAUUUACGUCGCCCUCGGUGGUCUCCGUGCUACCUUCUUGUGCGACUACUCUCACACCGUCAUCCUCUUCAUCGUCAUCCUCUACUUCGUCUUCCACACCUACACCGGCGGCGCCGACUCCAAGAUCGGUUCCAUCUCCGAAAUGUGGCAUCUCCUCGAGCGUGCCGCCGAGGUCACCCCAGUCGCUGGCAACGAGGGCGGAUCGUACUUGACCCUCAAGUCCAACUUUGCUCUCAUCUUCGGUGUUAUCCAGCUUUGCUCCGGUUCUGGUACCGUCUUCCUUGACCAGGGUUACUGGCAGCGUGCCAUUGCUUCUAAGCCCGAGACGUCCGUGAAGGCGUACCUCCUUGGUGGUCUUGCGUGGUACCCCAUCCCUUUUGCUUUCGCUACCACAAUGGGUCUCGGAGCCGUUGCGUUGACGAUCGACAACCCCCUUACCGCCUCCCAGGUGUCCUCCGGUCUUGCCGCUCCGGCGGCCGCUACCCUCCUCCUGGGUAAACUCGGUGCCGGAACCCUCUUGCUCUGCUUAUUCAUGGCAGUCACCUCCGCCGCAUCCGCCCAACUGAUCGCAGUCUCCUCCAUCCUCACUUUCGACAUUUGGAAGAUGUACGUCCGCAAGAACGCCGAAGGACCCGAGUUGGUCAAGGUCAGCCACAUCAUGAUUGGCGUGUUCGCGAUCGUCAUGGCUGUGUUCGCGUGUAUCUGGCACUCUGCCGGUAUUGAUCUCGGAUGGCUCUUCCUUGUUAUGGGAUUGUUGAUCGGUGGUGCUGUGUUCCCUGUUGCGUACACUGUGACAUGGAACAAGCAGCCUAAGAUUGCGGCUAUUGCUGGUGCGUUGUCUGGAUUGACGGCAGGGUUGACGUCGUGGUUGGUUGUUGCCAAGUGCUACUAUGGCGAAAUUACUGUUGCGUCUACUGGAGCCAACUACUCCACUCUUGCCGGUAACCUUGCUGCUAUUGGUACUGGUGCCAUCGUGUCUACCACAUUGACUCUCCUCAAGCCCGAGAACUUUGACUGGGAGAUUACCCGUGCAAUCGGUCGUAACUCUAACAUCCAGAUGGGCCACGGAGGUGUUGUGACUACUUCCCCCACUGCCGUCGUCAACUCCGAGGGCAACUCCCGUUCCGAGUCGCCUAACGGCAUCAACGAGAAACCCUCCAUGCCCGAGAAAGACGUCACUGUCCUUGCCUCCACCGAACCCGAAGCUCUUCUCGAGGAAGACGUCGACCCGGCCCUCCUUCACUCCGCCUACAAUUGGGCCAAAUGGGCUUCGAUCAUCAUGACCCUCGUCCUCGAUGUCAUCAUUCCCCUUCCCCUGUUCUUCUCGCACUACAAGUACAGCGAGGGCUUCUUCAAGGGAUGGGUUGUCGUCUCGAUCAUUUGGACCUUUAUUGCGGCAUUUAUUUGUGUGCUGUUGCCAAUCUGGGAGAGUAGGGAGGCGAUCAUGGUGCUUUGUAGGGGUAUGAAGAAGGAUAUGUUUGGUGGGAGAUGAAACGUAGUUAAAUAGAUACCAGAAGAUACAGAUACAGUGUUUUACCCUUACGC